UUUUGAUUAUUUUUGAUUCAAUAGAAAAGGGUUAAUCAAUUUCAUUUCUCUGUUUCAGAUGGAUCCCUCAGACGAGAUAACAGAUUUUAAGAGGAAGCAGGAGUUCAUCGACCACCUGUACAACGUUGCCGAUUCGUCAUAUGGGAUGCCGACAAGCUGUCCGUGUGGUGGUAGAAUCAUCGACGAGGUUCGGGUGAAGGAGGAGUACGACACGCGUCCCGGGAAGCGCUUCUUCAGCUGCAUAAACUACGAGGCUGAUGGGUUGCAUUACCGUCAGCCUUGGGUUAUAGGUGUCCAGGAGGAGAUGGUACGCAUGCGUGAGCGUGUGGAUGAGGCUGUUGAGAUCAUCAAAUGUGUGCCCAUUCUCACUAAACAGAUCGAGAGUCUUGAGGCACAGGUUAAGAGGCUCACAUUGCUGCUUGAUAAGCUCACCGGUGACGUCUAUAACCUCACAGUCCAGGCGGCUGCUCUGGAGAAGGCCUGUUUCGACUGAAACAGAACAGGUAAACUUUCAAACUAAACUAAAGUAGAACUUAACUAGGAACUUGAGUAGGAACUGUUUCCGUGUAGAGUAGGAACUGAGACUUAACUAGGAACUCGAGUAGGAACUGUUUCCGUGUGGUUACUUGCUUCCUCUGGUUGAACUGAGACUUAACUUGUUCAUUAAAUAUCUAGAGUAGGGAGUGUAGUAGUACUUCAUUAAAUAUCUAGUACUAGUUUGGUUCCUCUAAUUGGUUGCUGUGAUGAAUGCGCUUAAAUUGCUGUGUCUUAAACGUUUUAGAGUUUUUUAGAAUUGAUUUGAUGUGUAAUGAAUGUCUGUGAACAAGUUGUUGUCUAAUUAAGUGUAAUGAAUGUUUGGUAGUUAGGAAACCACCCGUAACUCAAACGCAAGUAGUUCUUUAACAAACAACAAAACACAACCCCAAACCAAAAUGGAUACGUUUUCACAAAGUUCUCCCGGUUUUGUGAACCUAUUAUCUUCCCAGUCCAGUAAAACCGUAGAAGUAGGGUCGUCUGAGGUUCCUAAACCGGCUGGUGAAAGGAGAAAGUGGACGACUCAAGAAGACAUUAUCCUCAUCAGUGCCUGGUUAAACACAAGCAAAGAUCCCAUAGUUAGUAACCAGCAGAAACUAGGGUCGUUUUGGAGAAGAAUAGAGGAUUACUUUAAUGCAAGCGCUCAGCUAGGUGGCUUUCUACCUAGAGAGUGGAGUCAGUGUAAGCAUAGGUGGGGAAGGUUGAAUGAACAAGUGUGUAAAUUUGUGGGAAGCUAUGAGGCAGCAUUGAAGGAGCAAUCAAGUGGGCAGAACGAGAACGAUGUCAUGAAGUCAGCUCAUGACAUCUUCUUUAACGACCACCAGGCGAAGUUUGCACUUGAACACGCGUGGAGGGAGCUGAGGUAUGAUCAGAAGUGGAGAUCGAACUCUAUAUCAAGAGAUGGUGGAAAGGCGAAAAUGAAGGAAGCUGCGGAGACGGUGCCUGACUCGGAUGAGGCUAGGCCUCCUGGCGUUAAGGCUUGCAAAGCAGCCAAACGCAAGAAGCCUGGCAAUGAAGCUGCAUUUGAUCGCCUGGAGAUCAUUCUAGAGAAGAAACAGAAUAUUUCGAAACAGAAAAUACUUGAUCGUCUCCUCUCUAAGAACAUAGCUACUCUAACUGAAGCUGAGGUCGCUUUGAAGGACAAACUUGUUUCUGAGAUGCUUUAGGUUGUUUAGUUGAAAAUUUCUUGAACUCUUUGUUUGCUUCUUUACUUGCUUUGAUAAUUUUACAACUGCUUUUGUUGACUGGAAACUUAUAUUCUUCUGUGUUAUUUUGCAGGUGAAAGGAUCUGAUAAAGUCUGGACUUGAUGGGUUUUGUAGGUAUCACGGGUAUUGUAGUAGUAGUAGUUCACGGGUUGUUCAUGUAGUUGUAGUACUACAUGUAUCUUUUGGGUCGCAGCAGGUCAGUGUUUGUACUAGACACUAGUGAUGAACUUGGUGUCACGGAUUGUAAUAUGAAGUGUAGUAUUUUGUUUGUCUCUACACUUCACGGGACUUGUAAAAGUUUGUUAUAAAAAGGACAAGUAUUUCAUGUCUCUCAUAUAUGUUCUCUUCUCUCUAACAUGUGUUUAUGUUCUCUUCUCUCAAAUGCCAAAGCAUAGUUCUCUUCUCUGUAUCUACAAAUCAUAGUUCUCUCAAGGUCGAUACCCCUCCAUCUUGUUCUCUCAAACCAUCCGCCUUACUCUUGUUCUCUCAAACCAGCUGCCUCACUCUUGUUCUGUCGAACCAGCCAACCACUAGACACUCGCCGACUACAAAAUCGAGUGACCAAGUAAAAUCUAAAAUUCUUUGUUUUGUUAUCUAUAGUCUGUAAUUAAUGUUCCACAUAUAAGUUAUAAUUAAAAACGAAAAAAUGAAAUUCCAAGAUUUAUUGAAAAAAAAAAAUUAAUAUUCCACAUAUAAGUUAUAAUUAAAAACGAAAAUAUGACAUUCCAAGAUUUUUUUUUUUUUUUAAAUUAAUGUUAUAAUUAAAAACGAAAAUAUGAUAUUCCAAGAGAUAUUUAAAAUAAAAUUUAAUGUUCCACAUAUAAGUUAUAAUUAAAAACGAAUAUAUGAUAUUCGUAGAGAUAUUUAAAAUAUUUGUUUUUUUCAGUUAUGACAUCCUCAGAGUCAGAUGGCGUUGAUGAAGCCUUUGAAGAUAUGUUUGACGAAGAAUUUGAUAAUAUCAUCGACUCCCUACUAGAUGUUCAAACCAACAAGCCCAAAAAAAGAGCUUAUAUUGAAAGAGAUCGGGAACGAGGACACAUUCAACUAUGGAACGACUAUUUCCACGAAAAUCCCACUUACCCGCCGGUGAUGUUUAGGCGGCGUUUUCGAAUGAACAAACCCUUGUUCCUCCGCAUUGUUGAUCGCCUUACUACUGAAGUUCCAUACUUUCAGCAAAGAAGAAAUGCUCACGGCAGGUACGGCCUAUCACCACUUCAAAAAUGUACUGCAGCUAUACGUAUGCUCGCAUAUGGUCAAUCUGGAGAUACGUAUGACGAAUAUCUUCGACUUGGUGAAAGUACUGCACUUUUAUGUUUAGAACAUUUCACUAAUGGGAUAGUACAAUUGUUUGGAGUUGAGUAUCUAAGAACACCAACACCGGAAGAUCUUCAACGAUUACUCGACAUUGGCGAGAAGCGCGGGUUUCCCGGGAUGAUAGGCAGCAUUGAUUGUAUGCAUUGGCAGUGGAAGAACUGUCCAACGGCUUGGAGAGGCCAAUACACCCGUGGUUCAGGAAAACCAACAAUUGUCUUAGAGGCUGUGGCAUCAGAAAAUCUUUGGAUAUGGCACGCAUUUUUCGGAUUACCAGGUACCCUCAACGAUAUCAAUGUUCUUGAUCGGUCACCAGUUUUUGAUGAUAUACUGCAAGGUCGAGCCCCUAAAGUUAAAUUCAAGGUCAACAACCACACUUACCGUAUGGCGUACUACCUUACUGACGGAAUUUAUCCGAAUUGGUCAACAUUUAUCCAAUCCAUCCCACUUCCUCAAGGUCCUAAAGCUGAGCUAUUUGUCCAACGUCAAGAAUCCACCAGAAAAGAUGUCGAACGUGCUUUCGGGGUUUUGCAAUCGAGGUUUGCAAUAGUUAAAAACCCUGCUCUACUAUGGGACAAGGAAAAGAUAGGGAAAAUUAUGAGAACUUGUGUCAUAUUGCACAAUAUGAUAGUGGAGGACGAACGAGACGGAUACAGUCUUACUGAUACAUCUGAGUUCGAGUCAGGAGAGUCAAGCAGAGGUUCGAAGGUCAAAACGAGAGAAAGUUUGCAUGCACAUAAUAUGCUAGGCAUGCGCAAUGAACUUCGGGAUUCAGGAAAACAUGAUAGGUUGAAAGCUGAUUUAGUUGAAAAUGUAUGGCAAAAAUUCGGUAAUGAAUAAUCUUUCUAUGUUCAUCAAUUAUCAAUGUAAUGAAUAAAAUUUUAUAAAUUAUUAUAUUUUAUUCAUGUAUUAAAAAAAAAAUCAAAACUAAUUUUUUUUAAAAAAAUUAUUAUUUUAAUUCCUA